UGCACUUUGCCCCAGUUACACACACUCGACUCCUCAUAACUAGUAGUUCCCCACACCGGGAUCACACGGUCUCACAACCUGACUGACAACAUGUCUCGGGCAGCGGAAAGACUCAGACUGCUGAUCAAUCAUCUCGAUCGACCCUCUUCUAAUAUCGCAGCUGCUCCGACCUCUGCUCAGACCUCCACCUCCACCUCCACCCACCCACACACACUGAGAUACACCUUUGAUAACGGCCUGCUGACCCCAGAACAGCGCCUCUUCUACGAGGAAAAUGGCUUCAUUCUCAUUAAGAAUCUGGUGUCUGAAGAGGACAUAGACAAGUUCAGGAACGAGUUUGAACAGAUCUGUCGACAGGAAGUGAAGGUUCCCGGUCUGGUGGUGAUGAGGGACCUGGCGAUCCUUAAGUCGGAGUUCGUUCCGGAUCAAAAAGCGGUCUCCAAACUGCAGGACUUCCAGGAAGAUCCUGAGCUGUUCCGGUACUGCGCCUUACCACAGAUUCUGAACUAUGUGGAGUGUUUCACUGGACCCAACAUCAUGGCCAUGCACACAAUGCUGAUCAACAAACCUCCUGAUGCAGGUAAGAAGACGUCUCGUCACCCGAUGCAUCAGGAUCUGCAUUACUUCCCGUUCCGCCCCGCAGACAAGAUCGUCUGUGCUUGGACGGCAAUGGAGAAGGUGAACAGGCAGAACGGAUGCCUGGUCGUCCUGCCGGGAACACACACCGGCACCCUGCAGGAGCACGACUACCCUGAGUGGGAGGGUGGUGUGAACAAGAUGUACCACGGAGUGCGUGACUAUGACCCGCAGCACCCCAGGGUGCACUUGGAGAUGGAGAAGGGUGACACCGUCUUUUUCCAUCCACUUCUGAUCCACGGCUCCGGCAUGAACCAGACGCAGGGCUUCCGCAAGGCCAUCUCCUGCCACUACGCCGGUGCUGACUGCUAUUACAUCGACGUGAAGGGAACCACACAGGAGAACAUAGAGAAGGAGGUGCAGGAGAUCGCAGCCAGGAAGUACGCUCUGGCCAACGAAAUCACCUUCAAGGACACCUGGGCUUUCCGAGGCCGCCUGGUGCAAGGAGAGAGGAUUUCCCUAUAGAGACACUACAGGCCUGCGAUGGAGGAAAUCACCACAGCUGGUGCUGGUUGACGACUGAGCUCAGAGUAGAGACGAUUGCCACAGUGACUGGAUAGGAAGUAACAGGGCAUGUUCACACUGACACAGAAAGUGUUUUAUUUAGUGAAAUUAUUGUUUUUUUUAAUCAUAUUAUCAAAUUUUAAUGACAGAAUGACAUUUUUAGGUUACUCAAUUCUGACUUUUUAAAACUUGAUAUUUUAAAGUUUGUGCUGAUUGAGAAAUGUUGAAAUGUUCUCAAGAGCACGUUGUUCUAACCAAAAACAUAAAAACAUGAAGUACUAUGUUAAAUAGUUCAAAUAACUUAUGAGCAAGUCACUACACAGUAUGAGAAUAAAGCAGCUGACAGUCUCUACACCUGCUACUUGCUUUAUAACAUUUUACACCACAAAUACAGUUAAAAUGGCACUUAAAUGCAGUGGACACAGUCUCAAAUGUCUUCUGUCUUCAAAUGUUUCUUAAUAAUUUGACAAAUAAAGGGACGUUAGUUUCACAAGUUUGAAAAAGACUAGUUCCCGUGUUGAUUAAGAAAGUGAGGAUCAUAACGUGUGAGAGAGAGGUGGAGCGAGGUGAAGCCGUGUAAGUGAUUGAAAGCUCUUUUUCAAGCAAAAAACGUGUGAAUGAUCAGUGUUGAUUGCAGCUCUUAACGCUUAACAGAGGCCUUUACCUUAUACUGCCUUAUAGAUGUAACACUGUGUGUUAAUGUUCUUGUGUCCGUUGAUGUGAUCUCAUUUGAUGAUGAGUGAAUGUACAUUUGUUCUCUAGAAUCAUGCUGUGAUAGCUGAAAUCUUUUGUUAACAAUGAUAAUAAAUCACUGCAACAAC